AGUGUUUGAGCAGAAUAUAAAUCAAUCUGAAGUCAUCCGAAGAAAUGGAUGUCCAACACAAUGCACGAUUGUUCCUUAAUUCACUUGAGGCGGGUGAUAUGAUAUCAUUUGACUGUAAAACUGCCACUCAUUGGGGAAUCUAUGUUGGAAAUAAAAAGGUGGUUCACCUUACUGGGAAGGAAGAAGACAUUUUAAAUGACUUAAGUGAUCAAAAUGAAGCUUUAUUCACUGUCGCCGAUAAGAAAUAUACAAAAGCAUAUGUUAAAGAAGAGGAUUUCUUUGUUGUGGCUGAAACAUUUGAUACAUAUGAGAGUAACUUAUUCGACCAUCAGGAAGGGAUGAUCCCAUUCGACCCAGAUGAAAUAGUGCAAUUAGCAAAAGUAAUGAAAGGAAGGAUAUAUUAUGAUGCCACGUGGAACAGUUGCAUGAAAAUGGCUAUUUUCUGCAGAUAUGUUACUAUUUAUGAUUCAAAUGAGAGCGAGGACGAAGAAAAUGAUGAUGACGACGGAAGUGUCGAUGCAAUAAAUGCAAAUCUAUCUUAUAAGAGAGGCGAUAAAACAAUUCUAAUUCAGAGGCGUCAAUCUGCUACCGGACCUCAGUCUGCUAAG